AACAUCGCAUCGCACGGUCGUCCCUUGCGGUGAGUGUGUGCGACGGUCCGCCUGUAGAACUUCUCACUCUCACACAAGUAGAUUCAGCUGGAACACCCAUCAAUCUGUCGGAGGCCUGGGAUCGCUAUCCCAUUCUAUGGGAUCGCUGUAUCUUCUCGUCUGAUUGAGCAAUUGUCGGCAUCAAAAAUUUCGGGCGCUAUCAGAAUCCAUAGACGUUGAUGUGAAGCACACGUCAUCUCUUAGUCGUAGAACUGUACGGGAACGAGAGGAACUUGACGAAGAAAAUUAAUGGCGCAGUACAAUCAGAGAAAUCCAGCCGUCAAACGAUUGAUGAAAGAAGCUCAAGAAUUGCGAGAGCCGACAGAGGACUACUUCGCACAGCCUUUGGAGGAUAAUCUUUUCGAAUGGCAUUUCACGGUCCGGGGCCCACCUGAUUCGGAUUACGAUGGCGGCAUAUAUCACGGUCGCAUCUUGCUCCCUUCAGAGUAUCCCAUGAAGCCUCCAAACAUUAUAAUCAUGACGCCCAACGGUCGAUUCGAAACGAAUAAGAAAAUUUGUCUCUCGAUCUCUGGACAUCACCCUGAAACAUGGCAGCCGUCGUGGUCCCUGAGAACCGCCAUGUUAGCUCUCAUCGGUUUCAUGCCAACUCAGGGCGAAGGUGCGAUCGGUAGUUUGGACUGUCCGUCGGAUGAGAGGAAGAAGAUGGCGCGGAAAAGCUGUUCUUUCAAAUGCUCGCAUUGUGGACCUACAAAAAAUCUUCUCAAGGAACAGAGCAAGUCCGGUCCAUCGAAGACGAACGAAGAAGCCCGUCAACUAGCUUCACAAAUGUCGUUCACGUCUGAAGGGGCGAAACAAGGCGACUCACAUGCCCUCGAGCAACGAUUCGUUCCUGCGGAGGAAGCACAAGAAGAUGCUCAUGCAGGAGAUGAGCCUGACGCCAGACCGACGGAGCCCGCCGAGACGGAGGUUCGAUGUCGAAUGCCCGCUCCAAGCACGGGUUCGGUAGCCCACGACCAACAACCCCAAGUGACUCCGUCAGCAGGCGUGACUACGCCGAGAGCCACACCGACGACAAUUACAACCGCUCAAGCGCCUAGCGAGAAUCAAUUGUUGAUAAGUGUUUUCAUGUUCAUAUGUGCGGCAGUGUUUCUCUCCCUCUUCGUGCGGCGAGCUUGUUUUCUACUGUUCUGAAGGUCGACGGACCUCGUAACCGCCCGCCCCUAUUUUAGCUGUAUAAGUCCGCCGGAAGGCGAAGCGAAACUGAGCGUGUC